UCAAUGUAUCCAUAUGGAUAUUAUAUGGCCAGCAGGAAAUUCAGAAAGGGGAUAUAUGUAUUGUCUUGUAACUGAUGUGCUUACUAGAUAUCUAAUUGCAGAACCACUUAAGACGAAGAAAGUCACAGAAGUUGCGAGUGUUUUCUUUGAUGGAGUCGUGUGUAAACAUGGAGUACCUCAAAUGUUAACGGACCAAGGUAGAGAAUUUGUAAACUCAGUCCUGCAAGGUGUAGCAGAAUUACUACAGAUGAAAUAUGUGAUUACCACACCUUAUCACCCUCAAGCAAAUGGAGUCAUUGAAAGUUCUAAUGCAACACUGAGGAACAUUUUACGCACCAUGGUACAGGAUAACGUAAUAAAGGAGGAAAAGGUGUGGUAUAACAGUGAUGACUUUAAGCAAGAAAUGGUGACCAAAGCAUACAGGGUGUAUGCUAGAUGUCAUCAGUGUUUAGAGGAAGCAAAAGGUGUAGCAGAGAAGAGACAGAAUAAAAGAGCAAGGAUAAAGACACUACAAGUAAGAGAUGUACGCAGAAUUCCCUCAGCAGGAACUCCCUACAAAUUGCAACCAGCUUACACGGGUCCUUUCAGAAUACUAGACAAGAUCAAUGAUGUAGUAGUGAAGGUUAGAUAUAUUAGAACAGGUGUUAUAAAAACACUGCAUACAGAGAGAAAAAGAGUCAUACAUGAAGAUAUCGUUACACUACAGAUGAAGCCAAACGUGAGGCGAGCGUAUCCAAGGCAUGAAACGUGAAACACAAGGGAGACCAAGGUGGCUCUUCAACCAUUAGAUCCAUUUCUUUUCCUGUGUCAGGACAAUAACUGUACAGGUGCAGACGAUAACUCAACAGCAAGGGGGAGUGGUAAGGAAAAAGGAGAAAUUGUUAGAUAAUGAACAAGACGAGAAAUUGUCAAAUAAUGAACAAGAUGAGUCUCAAAGAAACGCUACUGCUUCCAGCCAGCCAACAUACAAUUUUCGAUCUAAAGCAAAUGUUCAUGAUUUACCCUUUGUUAUGAAAAUGUUGUGACAUGGAAAUCGAGAAGAAAUGAAAUACGUAAGA